AUGAAACCAUAGGCUGUUCCUUAAUCAGUAGCAUAAAGUGAUCAAGAAUUGGAUAAAAAUCAUCAUGAAAGUUAAGCAGAUGAUCAUGGUGAUGAGCAUCACUUUAAAGAGUAUUCAGCUAAGGAGCUUAAGACCAUUAAAAUUUAAGGGUUUGUUUGUAUACUUGGUGGUAUUGCUCUUCAUUUUGUACUUGGUACAUUUUAUCUAUGGGGAGGCAUAAGUAAGAUAAAUCUACUAAUAUUAGGUCCUUAUGUUGGUGCUUACAUGAAGAAUAGGGAUCAAAAUGUCACAUAAUCAACACUUUAGAUUGUGUUUCCAAUUUUAGGAAUAGCUACAAAUUCUGUUCUUUCUUUUGGAGUUAAGUUAGCACAAAGAAUAGGUUUUAAAACUAUGAUAGCUGGAGCUGGAUUCUUGAUUUCCCUUGCAUUUCUAAUACUGUCCUUUAUUAACAAUAUUUACGGCUUUAUCUUUAUAUAUUGUUUUAUGAUAGGCAUUCCCUCAGGAUUAGUUUAUAUGUUGCCAAUUAGUAAAUUAUUUUAUAUUAUUUUUUAGUUUGUGGAUGGAAAUACUUCCCAUUUAAUAGAGGAAUGGUUUCAGGUUUAAUUAUUGCUGGUUAUGGAUUUGGAGCAUUUACAUUCAACUUUAUAUGCAAAGCUAUUUGCAAUCCCAAUAAUGAAGAACCUGAGAUUCCUUUUGAAGAGGAUGGUAAAAUAAAAAAAUAUUUUUCAAAGGAUGUUUUUGAUAAUGUUCCUUUUAUGUUCUAGAUGUUAGCUUUGUAAAUAAAUAAUUCAUAUUAUUUUAGAUCAUAUUUUUUAUUAACCAUAAUUGCAACUCUAUUAGUAAAAUACCCUAGAGAUUUAAAUUUAGAGUAUUAAUAGGUUUUAGGAGAAGGAAAUAAGAAACCAAGUGGGAUUAAUCAUGAAAAAUCUGUUGAUUAUCAUCCAACUGUUAUGCAUGCUGAAUGUGAUACUCUUGGAUAAGGUAUGAAAUCAAAACCAUUUUGGUUUUUGAUAUUUAUGGUUUUAUGUUCGAUUUUAUUUGGUAUGCUUUUGGCUAAUUGCUAUAAAGUAUUUGGAUAAACUGUAAUAAUCUAUUAAAUUUAAUUAGUUAGGUAUUGAUGAUGCAAAAUUAACUGUUCUUGGUUCAGUUUAAGCAGUAUGUAAUGGAGGUUCAAGAUUUGGAUGGGCAGUAUUAUUUGAUAAGAUUGGUUUUAAAAAAGUUUAUUUAAUAAUAGCAGUUAUAAACUUAAUUUGUACUGCUGCUAUUGGUUAUAUAAAUGAUAGUUAUGCUGGUUAUUUCAUUAUUUUAUGUAUUACAAUGUGUUGUGAAGGAGGUUUAUUCUCUUGUUAUCCAGCAGUAAGUGCAAAGAUCUUUGGUCAUAAGGUAAGAUGAUUAAUUAUAUUAUAAUAGGUAGGACCUAUCAUAUAUGGUGGAUUAUUCUUUGUUAUUGGUUUAUCCAAUAUGUUAGGAUAUUUAUUGUACAAAUUUGGAGAACCAAAGAUAGGUUAUGGUGGAGUCUUUUGGAUUGUAUUUGGAUUUUGUUGUGUUGCUUUCAUAUUGGGAAUAUUCUUUAAAGAGGAGCAUGAUUGGAAAAAAAAAUGA